GAAGCAUGGCUUGCGAGAUGGAAUGCCUACCACAGAUGCGAGCUGACGCCUUUUCAAAUUCUAUUGUCACGCCACUCGGGUUAUCCAAAGAGGUCCCUCAGUUCUCACUCGUAUCGCUAGUGGAAGCUUCGCGGAACCUAAAGGAACCGCAGCAAUCAUGAUGGAAUUUGGAGGGUUGGACAAAAUCUGGCAGAGUCAUGAUGCCCUUCCGAAUUUAUCACAAACUGAACUAACUCUUCUUCUUAUCCAGGUCGUUGCGACUUCACUUCCGAAUUCGUCAACCGACAACCUCGCUAUUCUAGGGAUCAACAUUGCCUCACUUCGCCACGAAGGCACCGUUCGCGACAUAGUCUGCUUGAUCCUGACUGGUCUUAUACGCCUGGAGUAUGGAACUCUGCCAUAUCAGCUAUCAAGUUCAUCACUGAUGGCUCGACAUUAUCUCCCUAUGAUCCUUGGGAAGGUCAACAUCGAUAUCCACCCAGAUUUCGAGCGACCUAUGCUCUUUGCCGAACAGAUGGCUGAGGUGUUUGUUGCUGGCUAGAAAUAAGGAUCUAGAAUAGCUGUUCACUGCCUGAAUGCAUGAAAAGAGAUGAUCGAAUAAGUACUGUAACCCUCUAGACCUGUUAGGGAGCAAAUGUUCAGUAAGAGUCUGAGGUGAGCAAUGAUUAUUACUUCCUGCGUAUCCAAAUAAAUACAAAUCUGGUGUCAUCUUCUACAACAAGCCAGUAGAAGUGUUCUUUGCA